AUGAAUAACUCAGGGGCCUUCGGCCUGAGCUGUCGGGAACUGGGGCUGUGUUGCACCGGCCGAAACUCUUCAUGCAUCAGUAGAGGCUGGAGGUCUGACCGGUCCUAUGGCACCUGCUACUGCGACCAGGCUUGUGUCUCCACCUUGGACUGCUGUCAUGAUUAUGAGAUUUUCUGCCCAGCGGUAUCCUGUGUGGUGAGUGAGUGGACAGAGUGGUCGGGCUGUGCUGAACCAUGCAGGGCUACCAUACGCAGGCGUACGCGGACAAUCAUGCAGGAGCCACUCAAUGGAGGCAAACCCUGUCCCCAUGUGGAAGAGAAUGCUGGCUGUGCUGAGUACCGGUCCGAGCAACAGCCCUGUCGGAAAUCGCUUGUGCCAGCUCUCAUUACCACGGGUGGCUAUGGCAACGCCAGAAAGAAGAGAGACAUCCCUGACAGCGGUGACGUUACAGGGUAUUGUGUCCAGUUCCAGUUGACCUCUCUGACAACAGGGUGCCAGCGGAGUGUGGGCCCACACACCCAGUGGAUGCAAUACCUGAGGGAGGGACACCAUGUGUGUGUGGAGUGUCAGCCCCCUGCUCUCGCCGCUGGACAAAAGCACUGUGCUGGAGAUGGAGAGGAAGAUGAGGAGGGCAGGAAACAGUCUCUCCAGUGGCAGGCAGUAGGAAACCCUCGGUGCAGGGGGGUGUGGAGACGUGUGGGGAGGCUGGAGGCCUGCUCCUGCCCUACGGCCAACAGCUUCCUCUUCAUCUGACCUUCUCCCUUCUUCUUUCACCCAAAUGCAGCACAUAUUC